AUCUCAAAUUUACCACAAGUUUAGCUUAAAAAGAAUGGGUCAUAUGGUCAAAAGUUUCGAAUUAUGUUCCUUCAACGGAUACCAUCUCCUAUAUCGUCUUGUACAAAAAAGUUAGAUUUUUAUUGCACUGAUAAAACGUUUGAAUCUUAAUCAUGUAUCAAAAAUAAGUCUUCAGUGUUUUGGGUCAACCCAUCCGUAUGAAUUGGUGUAAUCUUUCACGCGGCAGAACAGAAAAAGAAACUUGAGCAAGCUGAGCUAAUGAAAGUUACUGAAGAAGAAACACAAAUUUCCGAAGAACCAGAACGACCCUUAAAGCGGUUGUGGCUAAGGUGCCAAGAGGGACCUUCUGGCACCGGCUCUAGCUCCAAUCUACAUGUAACACCACUUAAAAAGCCAAAACUAGAGAUUGACAAUCUUCCUUAUGCAGUACCGCUCUCUCAAGCACGGGCUAUGGCUUUAACUGGUGAGCCCGCUUCAGCCCAAACAAAAGAUACCGACAAGGGGAAGCAACCUCUUUCAGCCAACACUUUCUUUGGAGAUGUUGAGAGAAGUCAACUAGAUGUCAGAAAUGAAUCUGGAUCUGGUGCUAGUGUUCGUCCAACGCAACGUAGAGAUAAAGGAAAAGAACCAAUUUUAACUCAAUCAGGUGGUUGUGAGACGAGGUCUGGUUCUGAUAGAGCAUCCCAAAGAGUGCCAUUUAAGGAGCCAGAACCCAAACAAACUGAUAUUUCAUUGAUAAAGCCUAGAGACGGACCUGGUACAGAGAUAACACCACUUGAGGUGCCUCUAUCGGUGAUUAUGCCAGAAUCAUUGACCAAUGGGGGUUCUUCGAAUGAAAUCGAUCUGCCCAAAGAAGCUGAUCAACCUCAAUCUUCUGACAACGAGAGUUCAUCAAUCAAAAUACGUGGUCAUGAGCUUACAAUGAUCCCGAAGGAAUCAACAGAAAGAUUAGAUAUUGUUUCUUCAUCAUCUGGGGAAAUCAAGAUUUUGUCUAACUGCAACUCUUCAGUAAAAGCUAAUUUAUCUGUAGAUGCACUAUCAAUGAAAAUGGAAGGUAAGUGCCUUAAUUCGUACAAAUUCCUGGAGCCCAGCUUUUCUAUAAAGGAAACCAACUCCAUCCCACCAACUGAUUCAUUGGGAACUUGUGCCAGCAAUACGAAUGCCGAUACCAACGGUCAUGCCAAUGCUGAUACUAAUGUCACUGCUGAAGCCAAUGCCAAUGGUUCAGGUGACAUUACAUAUGAAGUGUCAGUUCUGAUGAGGAAAAUUGAGAAACCUCGUGUUUGCAAUGAUGAUUCUUAUUUUUGCAAUCUACCAGAUGAAAUUGUUCUCCUGAUAUUAAAUAAAGUACUUGAUUUGAAAACCUUAUGCCUUUGUAAACUCGUUUCCACACAAUUCAAUCGGAUCGUCCAUCAAGUCGACACCAUUUCUUUCGUUGCUUCUCGUGCAGACAAUCCCAGUUGUGAUUCAAACCCUACCGAUGAUGCCGGUUUGCAUUUUCUUUCCAAUCCCUAUCACCUUCCUGCUUUUAGUGAGCAUGGUAUUCCUAUUUCAUCUUUUAAAGAGUUUUUAUGGCCUGCAAUUCAGUCUCUGUGUAAGUUUACAAGACUCAAGUCUCUAUGUAUCAAGCUCCCGUCUAUCCAAAAAGACGUUGAUAAUGGUACUGAUCUGUACAAGUGGAAGGUUAAGUGUGGUAGUAAAAUCGAAUCGUUUUUAUUUCUGUCGCCUACUUCAGUUUGCGGUAUGAAAGAGUUAUCAAAUGACAAUGGAAAUGGCCAGGAAGAAGAACAAGAUGGUAUAUAUUUACAAUUGAAGACACUUCGGCUGGCUUUUAAUUGUUUGAUGGAUGCGGCUGUGAGGUUUUGGAUGUUGUGGGGUUUCGCUUAUAAACUUCCUUCAUUGGAAAAGGUAUUGAUUAAUCAAUCGGGUAAAAGGGGGUCAGUUUCUAUUAGCAGUGAAAACAUUGUUGAGAUGAGGAAGUGGCUAAGUUCACCCACUGAUAGUUUGGAAAAGAAGCUGAGUGAUAGCAUGGAUUUUCUUCAUAGAAGAUUUCAGCAUUAUGUCCCCUUGUUGAAACUGCCCGUUUCAGGAUACGUGAUGAAGGGAGUAACUUUAUAUACAUUUCAGAGGGAGGAUCUCGUAGAUGGAGAUGAUAGUUUCAUGAACAUCAAUUUGGAUAAUGAUUUUGAAGAUAAAGAAGAAGCGGCGUAUGGUGAAGCCAUGAUGGAGAUGUUGAAGAAGCUUAGGAGCCAGAAAUAGAGAAUGUUGUACGGAUCAUGUGCUUUGUUUAAUGAGAUGGACCCAUCUUUUCCCAAGCCGAGGUGAAGCAAGUAUGGCAUUCCUUAAAAUAUCUCCAGGUUGAAAUUUUUUUGUUCAAUGUAGCCGUGUUUAACGACCAUGUCUUUAGCACCAGCGGCCAGCCAUUGCUUCAUUAAAGAAGACUGCCUUUGUGCGUGAUCUAACGAUGGUGUGUAUACAGUACCUGUAAUUUGAAGAAAGAUUUUAGUGCUAAAUGUGUUGGAAAUAAAACAAACAGCUUAAAAAAUAAACACUAAAUGUGUUGGAAAUAAAACAAACAGCUUAAAAAAUAAACAUUCUCUACUUUCAUUCAGAUUUCUAUAUUGUAAUAGAACAAACAGCUUAAAAAAUAGACAUUCUCUACUU